AUGCCCUCCCCACCCACAUCAGGCUCGGUAACCCCGACCAACGGCGCCGCCCCCGCCGCCGCACCACGCUCGCCCCCGACCCCGAGCCCACAGCGCUUCAGCCGCACAAGCCGCGACGCACCCGUCAAGGUGGUAAAGGAUCCCAACCCCUCGCCGCGGGUGGUCAAGACGAGCAUCGUGGCGCUGCACCCCGACUUCUGCGGCGCGGGCGACGUCCUCAUCGUGUGCGACGAGCCCGACGGCACGGUCGGCUUCCGCGUCAGCUCGCGCAUGCUGUGUAUGGCGAGCCCGCUGUUCGUGCACCUCCUGUCCGCGGGCUCGAGCCUCACAAAGGGCGCCACGUCGUACCGGCUUGAAGUGGACGACUCGGCGCACGACAUGCACGCGUUUCUGCGGCUGCUGCGCUUUGGCGCGGUCCGGCCGGCACCAACGGCAGCCGCGGCGGGCCACGGGUCGGCCCCCGCACCACUUACACCCCCGACGUUCGAGCCCAGCGUCGCGCAGUACGCCGGCAUCCACCGCCUCGUGAACAAGUACAACGGGUGGUACCCGCGCGCCGUGCUCGACUUUCACAUCGAGCUGAACGCUGGCGCGAUCGUUGACCGCGUCGGCGAAGCAGCGGGAAAGGACGAGGUCUUUGCGCUCGUCCGCCUCGCGCACGACCUGUGCUCGAGCUACCUCUGGACGCAGGUGUGCGACCGGCUGCGCAACCAGCGCUGGUGGCACGACAUUCUCAAUCCGUGGGCGUUUGGCGACGACGACGUGGCCGCGCUCGGCCCGACCCUGUUCAGCAUCAUCUCGAUCCUGGCCAGCGUGAGCUCGCGCCAGCGCCUCUUCUCCCACCUCGACGAGCUGUGCAUCAUGUACUCUGAUGAGGGCGAAGUCAGCGUCGCUGCUGCCGAGCGCCCGGCGUCGACGGGCGGGUACUGCAGAUGCGGGGUGGCGAUCUAG